AUGGCUCCCAGGAAGAACACACGCGAGCCCGCACCCUCGGCUGUCGCGACGACCCAGCCGAGCACGGCCGCAGGCUCCGUACCCCAGCAGCCAAAGCCAGCGACGACCCUCAAGUCCGCCGGCGCUGCCAACUGGGAUGAGGUCCUGCAGAACAUCUGCCAGUACUACAUGAAGGAGACGCCCCAGCGUACCAAGCUUGUCGACGUGUUCCUCGUCUUUCUCGCAGCCGUUGGCGCAUUGCAGUUCGUGUACUGCAUCCUGGCGGGUAAUUACCCUUUCAACGCCUUCCUCUCCGGUUUCUGCGCUACAGUAGGGCAGUUUGUCCUUACAGUGUCAUUACGGAUCCAAACAAGCGAGGCGAACAAGAGCGAUUUCCCAGCAGUAUCCCCCGAACGGGCCUUUGCCGACUUCAUUGUCUGCAGUCUUAUCCUGCAUUUCUUCUGCAUCAACUUCAUCAACUAG